GUAUACUGUAUAAUAUCAAUGGAGAGAGAAAAGCUAUCGAGAGAGAGAGAGAGGGGGGGAGAGAGACGUGCAUCUGUCUAUUAAUAGAUUUCAAUUUUCAAUCUGCUCUGCUGCCGUGCCGAUCGACGCUCUUCUCGCAGAGAACACUGUUCCCAUUUUCGACAAGAUUUGCCAGAGUUUGAAGAAGGGAAGGGAAGGGAACAGAACCUCUCGUAAGCGAUCAAAGAAACCGGAUCUUCUCAAUGCGAUAGGUGUCGGUGAUCUGUUUCGUAUCUGAAUGAUCUCUACUCCGUUUCCCCUUUGUUAAUUGUGCAUUAUGGCAACGAAGCUAAAUGCUGUUGAUGGUAGGACUAGAAGUUCUGUAACUAUUUUUAUAGUAGUUGGUUUGUGCUGUUUCUUCUAUUUACUGGGAGCAUGGCAAAGAAGUGGAUUUGGAAAAGGAGACAGCAUAGCUUUGGAGAUGACAAAGAGAGGAGCAGACUGCAAUGUCCUUCGUAAUCUGAACUUUGAGACCCAUCAUAGUGGUGAAGCUGGUGUCAUUGACGAUUCCGAAUCAAAAAUUAAAGAGUUUAAGCCAUGUGAUGCCCGUUAUACAGACUACACGCCCUGCCAAGAUCAAAGGAGAGCCAUGACCUUCCCAAGGGAUAACAUGAUUUACCGUGAACGGCAUUGUGCUCCCGAAAGUGAGAAGUUACAUUGCCUUAUCCCUGCACCCAAAGGAUAUGUAACCCCAUUUCCAUGGCCAAAGAGUCGUGAUUAUGUACCAUUUGCGAAUGCACCCUAUAAGAGCCUGACAGUUGAGAAGGCAAUUCAGAACUGGGUUCAGUAUGAAGGCAAUGUGUUUAGGUUUCCAGGUGGAGGAACACAGUUUCCUCAAGGGGCAGACAAAUAUAUUGAUCAGCUAGCUUCUGUAGUACCAAUAGAGAAUGGGACAGUUAGAACAGCAUUGGACACUGGUUGUGGGGUUGCAAGUUGGGGUGCCUACCUCUGGAAAAGAAAUGUUAUAGCCAUGUCAUUUGCACCCAGAGACUCACAUGAAGCACAGGUUCAAUUUGCACUUGAAAGGGGAGUGCCUGCUGUUAUUGGUGUUCUUGGGACAAUUAAAAUGCCAUACCCGUCUGCUGCCUUUGACAUGGCUCACUGUUCCCGUUGCUUAAUUCCAUGGGGAGCUAAUGAUGGAUUGUAUAUGAUGGAGGUUGAUAGAGUUCUUAGACCUGGUGGCUACUGGGUGCUUUCUGGACCUCCUAUUAACUGGAAAACUAACUACAAAGCUUGGCAACGUUCCAAAGAGGACCUUGAGGAGGAACAAAGGAAGAUUGAGGAGAUCGCAAAACUCCUUUGCUGGGAGAAGAAGUCUGAGAAGGGCGAGAUUGCUAUAUGGCAAAAAAGGGUAGAUGCUGAGUCAUGCCGUCGCACUGAAGAUGAUUCUCAAGCCACAUUUUGCACAACAGUUGAUGCAGAUGAUGUCUGGUACAAGAAAAUGGAAAAAUGCAUUACUCCAUAUCCAAAUGCUUACAGAGAUAAAGUUUCUGAAAUCAAGCCAUUUCCAGAAAGGCUUAAUGCCAUUCCUCCCAGAAUUGCUAGUGGAUCUGUUCCUGGAGUCUCUGUUGAUUCAUACCUGGAGAACAAUAAGCUAUGGAGGAAACAUGUAAAUGCUUACAAAAAAAUUAUUAAAAUACUUGACACUGGAAGAUAUCGCAACAUUAUGGAUAUGAAUGCCGGCUUGGGAGGUUUUGCUGCAGCACUUGACUCUCCUAAAUUAUGGGUUAUGAAUGUUGUGCCAACCAUUGCUGAGAAAAGUACUCUGGGGGUUAUAUACGAGAGAGGACUCAUUGGCAUCUACCAUGACUGGUCUGAAGGUUUCUCCACGUAUCCUAGGACAUAUGACCUGAUUCAUGCCAAUGGGGUUUUCAGUUUGUACAAGGACAAAUGUAGUUUUGAAGACAUUCUUCUGGAGAUGGAUCGAAUUUUGCGGCCAGAGGGUGCAGUCAUAUUCCGUGAUGAAGUCGAUGUGCUUGUCAAGGUGAAGAAGAUAAUAGGAGGGAUGAGGUGGGAUUCUAAGAUGAUGGAUCAUGAGGAUGGUCCCCUUGUUCCUGAGAAGAUUCUUGUUGCCGUAAAGCGGUACUGGGUUGCCGGGGAUAACAACUCCACGUCCUUGCAGUGAAGGCCAAACUAGGAGGUUCCUGAUCUCAACUCUCUUUGGACAAUCCAUGAACUAUUCAUUUCCCCAACAUCAUUUUUGCUGGAACAGGUUUACUACGGGAGGGGCCUCUACAUUGCAUGUUCCAUCAAACUGUCAUUUGUUGUGAAUCACAAAUGAUACAGCUAAGCUUGUACUUCUAACGCUAUUUAUUUGAUUGUUUUUCUUUUUCCUUUUCUUUUGUAGAAUGUUAUUCUUACUGUUAGAUCUCAAGAAAAACUUACUCCCAAAGGGCUUUUACAAUUCCA